AUGUCUUCAGAUGAAGAAUUUGGAGUGUCAGACGAUGAGCCUGGGGUGGCAAAGGAGAUCUUCGAAUCAUCAGAUGAUGGAGGUGAGGCUGCUGUGCCAGCCCUGGGAAAUCAAUUGUGCUGCGAGCAAGAAUUUUUCUCCUCCUCUGAUGAGUCCACCAAGCCAGAAAGCUCUUGCCAGACUGGCAAGAAAGAAGUGGUGGCCAGAAGUGCUUCGAAGAGAGCCUACACAAAUAGGCGAUCACGAACUGGUGCUGCUCGCUUUUUGGGGAAACCAGUUUGCCUACAAGCUUUGCGUCGAUUGCUUGCGAUUGGCACUAGCACAUUGGACAAACUACGACACAGCCAGGUUGCUUUCACUGGACGGUCCGCUCGACCCAAACAUCCGAUCUUCGGUUUCUGCUUGGAUGGCGAAGCUUCAGCCAAGUGGCAUUCAGUGGCAGUGUUCCUCUGGCACAUUUACCAUUCUUCUGCAGAGUUCAUGCCUUCUAAUUUGCGCCUUCCGCGUGGAAGAAAGGAAACCCCAGAGCCAUUUGAUCGUGCCACAGUUGACGGUGAUGACCAAGACUUCAGCGUUCGCUAUGUCUCAAAAGUUCUGAGUGAACUUCAUGAAUACAACGCAGACAUCAAUGUGAAAAUGCUUGGACCUGGCGGGGAUGAUGUUCCAAAGCGGUGGCUCCAGCAUUCAAACAGGACAGAACUCUACCAUGAGUAUGUGGCGUACAGCGAGGCAAAUAACUUGAAACCAGCAAGUUAUAGCACCUUCUUGAAAGUAGUCAAUUGUGUCAUGAAGUUGCUGGCCGGGUCAGUGAGUACAUCGGUUCUCACCUGCAUCCAAGACGGGAUGGACCAGGCGAAAUUCAAGAUGCCAAGGCUGGACCCUAGACUGCGACACUCCAAACUCGUCGAGCGUUUGUACCGGCCACAACAGCACAUCGUUGCAAGCUGGCUGCACGGCCACAGUCUGCGCUUCUGGGUUUCCGGUGAGGAAUUACCAAAAAACUCAGAGACUUCAAUCGAAGCAAUGGCCAGAGCGUUGUCUGAGUGCCUGAAUGAUAUGCAGAGGUUGCCAUUGACGCUCCAUUGCCAGCAUGAUUCGACGUACCGCGAGGCGAAGAAUCAGUACUUCUGCCGCUUUUUGUUACUGAUGUGCGCAUUGGGCGUAUUCCGCCAAUGCUGCAUUAGUUUCUUGAGAACGGGCCACAGCCACGAAGACGUGGACCAGAUUUUUUCGCAAAUAGCGGCGAUGUUGGCGUGCAAAUCUUUCAGCACGCCAGAUGACUUGCUGGAGAUACUCAACAUGACUUGCCGAGCGGACGAUGGGGCCGAGGCGGUUCGCAAGAAGCGGAGGAAGCUCCAAAAGAUUGCCUGCCAUGCAGCUAGGUCUGUGCGUGAUCGUGCUGAGCAAGGGUCGGCGCAUGAGUCUCCGGAAAUUCUUCUCUAUAGCAGUUCUGAUGAGGAGCGUCAGACCCAUCCCAAGCAGAAAGGGAAACCGAGCCGUGCUGAUGCAAACAGAGCUGACGACGGCGGGGAUGAUCCAGAUGCAGAUCUGACAACGUUGCCUGCCUGGCCGGCUGAUAUGGAGUUUGGAGUGAGACACUCCUUCCUUUGUGAGAAUGAUAAGCAAAAGCUGCGAUUUCUCAAUGAAUCCUUUCCGGAUGCUGACCACAUCUUCCACGACAUGGUUGAAGUAUCCAAGGGACGGGCCAAGGAUUUCAAGCUCGGCGGGCAAUACACUACAGUUCCAGAGGUGGAUGGUGUGGUGAGCGGUUUUCCUUGCGUUAGCGUCAGCGCUUUGAACAUGUGUGCCAAAAGCUUCAAAGAUACCAGUGGUGCGACUGGAUGCGGCUGGAAGUCUGUGCGAGACUUUAUGAAGCGGAACAGGCCCGGGUUUGCUGUGCUCGAGAAUGUGAAAACUCUUACCCACACACGGGCCAUUGACGACUACACGAAGCCUGUGGACAUGAUCAUGAAGUUCAUGGCCGGGCUCGGCUACGAGUGCAUGUAUGAAGUGGUGAACUCAACCAGCUAUGGCUUACCUCAGUCAAGGACUCGUUGUUGGAUGAUCUUCAUCCGGCUGGAUUCCUUCCAGGCCCUUGCUCCUAGGUCGCCUGACUCAUUACUUUCCACAUUCCAAUCCUUUCGGCUGCAGCCUUGCGCCUUGCAAAAACUCUUGCUUGAUGGCAACGAUCUCGAGGACAAAUCGUCUCAUCGCACCACGCAGCACAAGGCCAAGGGUCUGAAGUGGCAUGAGAAGUUCGAGACAGCUUGUGGGCAUCUUGGCAAAGUUUCUUGGCUUUGA